AUGGGCGAUCCUCAGGUGAAGGAGCUGGAGAAGCGCGUGGCGGAGCUGAUCGCCGAGCGGGACGAGCUCUAUCGCGACAUCGAGACGCUGUGCAUGCAGAGCGACGAUUCCUUCUGGUCGGGAUCCGCCGUGCUGUCGGCGCGCAUCGGCAACGCGGAGCGCGCGCUGAGCGCCAUGGCCGCCGAGAACGACCGGCUCACCGCGCAGCGGGACUCCCUGAGGGAGGACCUGGCCCAGUUCCGGAGUGCCAAGCGCGACUCGGACAAGAUCUCCAAGGACGAGAUGGAGAAGAACCGGGUGCUGGACAGGGAACUGAUGUUCUACAAGAAGCAGUGCGAGCGGGCCCUUGAGGACAGGAACCUGUUUUCGUACGAGGUGGAGGAGCUGAAGCGGGCGAAUUUGGAGCUGGAGCGGGGGUUGGCCGAGGCGAGGGGGCUGGCGGAGACCGAGGCCGCUCAGCGCGCGGACGUGGCGGGCAGGCUGGCCGCCGCGGAGGGCCGCGUGGCGACCCUGGAGGAGCGGCUGGUCGAGGUGGUGCGCAUCCCGGAGCUGGAGGCCCAGCUGGAGGCGUCGCGCAGGGACGGCCAGCGGCAGGCGGAGGCGAUCAGCGCCAUGGAGGCAGAGCUGGGAGCGGCCCGAAGGGACCUGGAUGCGGCCAGGGAGGAUGCGGAGGCGGUGCGCGAGGACCGCGAGGCGCUGGCACGGGAGCUGGAGGCCAGCAGGGAGGAGGCCAAGGCGGCGCUCGGCGCGCAGGCGGCCAAGGCCGCGGACAUGGAGAGACAAAUUGAGAGUCUGACGACCCAGCUGGAGAGCGUCAGCACCGAGCUGCAGGAGGCAGACUCUGCAGUGGCAGCAGCGCAGGCCCAGGUGGAGCUCAUCAACGGCGAACGCGAGCAAGAGGUUUGCCACCUGCGGGAGGAGUACAGCUCCACUAUCCAGGACCUAGAGGGCCGCAUCAGCACGACAGAGAGCCUGCUCAACAGACAGGCUGAAGAGCUGCAGGACGUGACACAGGCCAAGGUGGAUGCACUCGUGAGGCUGUCUGAAUGGCAGGCGAAGGCGACCCAUAAUGAACAUCGCCUGGGCGAGCUGGAGUCCAGACUAGCCACCGUGGACAUCAGGGACCCUGACACAAAGGGGGUUACACCAUCCACAAAGAAGGCUGCUGGUGGGCAGGAGGACACAGGGCCCAAGUCAUGGUUCAACUGGCAGCAGGGCAAACAGGCAGCAGGAGCAAACAUGCCCAGGAACGUUGAGACUCAUGUGUGA